ACUCCUUGCAAAUCGAAGUCAUAAACCGCUUAACAUCUGCGGGAAUGAAAACUCCGACGAGGAAGUAACGAGUGUUGUGGCACUUAAUUGAAUAUCGCAUCUUGAGGGUUAAAGUGGGGCGACCCCGAUGCCCUGCAUCAUCCGAGUCUCUUGGGACGACUGCAGCACCUGCGAUCAAUUCGUUGCAAUUGUGACAGUGUGGCAGUGCGCGCCGUGUCUCAACGGGAAAACCUCCAGCCUUUCUCCAAAAACUACACACAGAAGUUCAAGGAACAAAGAAGCAAAGGGAAGAUUUUAUUUUUGCAACGCAGAAUGGUGAAUUAAAUUGCACCUCUAUUCGGAAUAGAUUUGCGGGAUAACGCCGUUCCCAGUGAUGUAACAUCGCGGGCUUGCUGGACCUAAAUUGUUUUAAAAAAAAGUUAUAUUUUUCAAAAAAAAAGUUUUGCUGGGAUAAAGUUUGAGCCAAUCAGAAGCGCAGUGGGGGCGCUCUGCUCCGCGGAUGGUUGCAGUUGCAAGAGUUUGAGCGGCGCUCUCCGUAAUGUAACCAAGUCAGCCAGGCACCCGGGGGAAGGUGAGAGAGGAAAGCCAUCUAUCUGAACGUGUGCUCAACCACUGGCUACAACACCUCCCGAUCUUGGACACAUAAUCCCUUCCAGAAUGGAUAUACCGAAGGCUGCAGCGCUGGUGUGGUGCGCCCUUUGCUGCUGUUGGGAUUUCCUUUGUGUCCUUGAAGCUGCCACACUGGGAUCUCUACAGGAUUCCCCUGCUCAGGAUGCUCUGGGUCCCUCAUCACCUCUGGACAGCAAGCACGAUCGGACCUUCAAGCGCCAGCGUCUCCACACAGGCUCUGUGGUGCCGCACGAGUACAUGGUGUCACUUUACAGGACCUUGUCGGAGUGUGAAAGGAGAGGGUUGAACAGCAGCCUGGUCCGUGCCCGACCCCGUGCCAACACUGUCACCAGCUUCGUGGACCAAGGAAAUGACGGAGUUCCCCAUGAGAAGAAACAGAGAUAUCUGUUUGAUAUUUCCAAAUUGCCCAAUACAGAGGAGCUGGUUGGAGCCGAGUUGAGGAUCUUUCGAAAGUUGCCGGGAGACCUCCACGGGAUGCUGUCCCUGGGGGGCAGUAUGUAUAGUAUUCUACUUUAUUCAUGUAACCAACUGGGGGACUACCCACCGAAGCGGCUCGACUCGAGGACAGUAGACAUAUUGGACGUCGAUUCGUCGAAAUGGCAAGUGUUCGACGUGUGGGAUUUAAUGAAAAGCCACAUCACUGCUAACCUGCUGUGUUUAGAUGUGGAAAUCAUUUCCGAUUACUCCCAGGAGGCCUUAGAUCCGAGACAUUUGGGAUUCAAUCGCUCUGAUCUGCAGCCUCAGGAGAAAGCUUUGUUGGUGGCGUUCAGCAACGCGAAGAAAAGGGAAAACCUAUUUCGGGAGAUCAGAGAGAAAAUCAGAUCUCUGGGUGGGGCGGACUCACUACAAACCAGCCGUGAGCCCAGUGUCAAGCGCCGCAGAAAAAGGAGGACCGCGUUCUCCAGUAGGUCUAGCAGAGGAAGUGGGAAAAGAGCCAGGUCGAGAUGCAGCAGGAAACCUCUUCAUGUCAACUUCAAGGAGUUGGGAUGGGACGAUUGGAUUAUCGCGCCUUUAGACUAUGAGGCCUACCAUUGUGAAGGGAUCUGCGACUUCCCGCUCAGAUCCCACCUUGAACCCACUAACCACGCCAUUAUACAAACGCUGAUGAACUCCAUGGACCCCGAGUCCACGCCGCCCAGUUGUUGCGUCCCAUCUAAACUCAGUCCCAUCAGCAUACUGUACAUCGACUCGGGCAACAAUGUAGUCUAUAAACAAUACGAAGACAUGGUGGUAGAAUCAUGCGGAUGCAGGUAGCGCCUUGACCCCGGUCCUCCAAUCUAAUUUUACAUGAGGCUAAAUACUGCAGCGGGGUUGAUCAAUGCUAAUGCGCCCAAUUAUUGUCAAGGGCAUCUCAGCGAGGGGCUGCCGUGGGGAGGAUCGACUCUGGCCGCGGGGAACGGCGUCUUCCUGGCCCCGACCACUGCAUCAAGCUGGCGAAAGAUCCAACCAUCUAAGGCUUCAAGGUUUGGGGAAUUGGAUAAUGAGUUGUACAAAAUACACCCAUGUUCUUAAUUUGAGGUUAAGAUGGAGACCGGACCCUAAUGCAUCAGUCGAUACCUAUUUUUUUUUUCAAAAACCUCCAGCGAUGGGUGCUGACAGUUUGGGAAGUUCACUUACACGUAAAAUCCGUUCCAUCUGCGCUUUCUGUAGCGUGACUUAGCGCGCACAUUCACUCAUUUUUUGCAACCUGAUCAGCGAACUGCCCUAGCGGGAGCAUCCCUGCUGCAAGGAAAGGGCGGCCGAUCUGGUUUUGAUCAUUAUUAACAUGUGCUAACAAACGUGAGCCAGCUGCAAGCGGAAGGCCUAGACGGCAAUCAUUGAAAGGAAAAGCCAGCUCUAUCCUCUGCAAGAUCGCAUAUCUGCCUGUCGCAGAUUAACCCAUCAAGCACAGAGAAUAGGCAGAGAUGGCUACGCCUCGCCCACUCACCCCAUCUCCACCCGCCUC